AUGGUGGAACAAGGUAUAGUUUUAGGUCACGUUGUUUCCAAGAAUGGUAUAUCUGUAGAUCCUGCUAAAAUUGAUAUUAUUUCACAAUUGCCUUACCCCUCUUCUGUGAAAGAGGUUCGAUCUUUUCUUGGACAUGCAGGAUUUUACAGGAGGUUUAUCCAGGACUUCAGCAAGAUAGCCAACCCUCUCUCCAACUUGUUGCAAAAGGAUGUAGUAUUUGACUUUGGAGAGAGGUGCAAAGAUGCGUUUGAUACAUUGAAAAAGGCGCUUACCACCACUCCUAUCAUCCAGCCACCUGACUGGACAUUACCAUUCGAGCUGAUGUGUGAUGCAUCAAACUUUGCAGUAGGAGCGGUGCUUGCACAAAAAGAUGGGAAGCUAUCACAUGUGAUAUAUUAUGCUUCCAGAAUUCCUCCUUCCUUCUCCAAAUAUGAAAGAAUCAAGCUAAAAAGUGAGGCAAAGUACUAUAUCUGGGAAGACCCAAUCUUAUGGCGCAUUGGUAGUGACCAAGUUAUAAGGAGGUGUGUUCCAGAUAUCAAGAUACCUCAUGUGCUUGAGUUCUCUAGAUCCAUUACAAGAAGGGAUGAAAUGCCUCAACAACCCAUGCUAUAUUGUGAGGUAUUUGAUAUUUGGGGUAUUGAUUUUAUGGGUCCUUUUCCUCCUUCUUUUGGGUUUUCUUAUAUUUUGCUUGCUGUAGACUAUGUCUCCAAAUGGGUGGAAGCCAUAGCUACAAGGACUAAUGAUUCUCGAGUUGUUAUGAGUUUUGUUAGGUCUAACAUUUUCUGCAGAUUUGGGAUACCACGAGCCAUCAUCAGUGAUCAGGGGACUCAUUUCUGUAAUAGGCUACUUGAGAACAUGUUGAAGAAGUAUGGGGUGACACAUCGCAUUGCUACACCAUAUCACCCCCAAACCAAUGGACAAGCAGAGAUCUCUAACAGAGAGAUUAAAAAGAUACUAGAGAAAGUAGUGAAGCCUAGUCGAAAGGAUUGGGCCACAAGAUUGGAUGAUGCACUUUGGGCACACAGGACAGCCUACAAAACACCUAUAGGUAUGUCACCUUUUAGGGUGGUUUUUGGAAAGGCUUGUCAUCUACCUGUGGAGAUUGAACAUCGGGCCUAUUGGGCCGUGAAAGCAUGCAACUUGGAUUUGGAAGAAGCAGGAAAUGAACGAAAGCUUCAGUUGCAAGAACUAGAGGAGAUUAGGCUUGCAGCCUAUGAAAAUUCAAAGUUCUACAAAGAGAAAACCAAGAAGUUCCAUGACCAAAAGCUUGUGGCUAGAAAGGAUUUCAAGGUAGGCCAGAAAGUGUUACUAUACAAAUCCAAGCUUGGUCACAUGAGUGGUAAGUUGCGUUCUACUUGGGAAGGACCAUACAUUGUUACAGAAGUCUUCCCUUAUGCAGCAGUGGAG